UACCAAUUUCUCUCCUCUUGCGUUGCUUUGAAACCCUAGUUAAGUCGAGAGAAAGAGAGAGUAAACACAUACAAAAGACCGAUAAAGAACAGAGAACGAUGCAAAAACAAGAGUUCUUGGAGUUGUUCGAUGCAGCACUUCGAGCGGCUAAGUCUGUGAAAGGUGUUAAGAAUUCUCCAGAGGUAUCGAGGUUUGUUGACGCCAUGAAUCGUUUGAAGGAAGCUCCUGAGUCACUUGCUUGUGACGUGGUCUGCACAACCUCCAUGGGUAAGGGUUUGAGAUUCUUCAAAGAUCACAAAAACCCUCAAAUUCGAUCGGAAGGAAGGCUUCUUUGGGAUCUUUGGACAAAGAUUAUUCACGCUUCAGGUAGAAAAAAGAGCCGUGAUAGAGAAACUCCGGUCAAGAUUCCGACGGAUUCAACAAUGAAGAAGACUGGAGAUUCAAAACGAGACAAAGUGCGUGAGAUUCUACAAACAUCUUUGGCUAAAGUCGCUAAUGAGGUUGUUGACACAGAGAUGAAGACACGACUCACUGCUUGCGAUCCUUUGGUUGUGGCUGUAUCAGUGGAGUCUGCAAUGUUUGAGAGGUUAGGUUGUUUCAUGGGACCUCAAAAAGCAAAGUACCGGUCGAUUCUGUUCAACAUGGGAGAUAGUAACAAUCCAGAUUUGAGGAGGAAAGUGUUGAUUGGCGAGAUCGAUGGAGAAAGACUCGUGACAAUGGAGAGACAAGAGAUGGGGAGUGAGAAGAUUCAGAAGGAAGUUCAAAGGAUUAAAGAGAAUGCAAGAUUUAAGGAAGAGAGUCGAAUGAAGAUGCUUCAGUCAGCAGAUAUGAUCAUGACUUAGUUAGCAGAGAUUUAGUCAUGAGUUCCACUAUUGUAUAUUAUCAGUGUUCUUGUCAUAACUCGAAAUAUUAUUUGAUUGUAAUUUCAAUACGAUGAUUGGUUCAAGUUCAUGAAUGUUGUUUCUAAAUCUGCGUUUAAAAGACUCUCUUGGCUGAGAAGGUUUCCAUAGAAGAAUACUCGACAAUGACAACGACACAGUGAAGGUUUUGUCAUAAACCAAAUACAAAGACUUCACAGUC